GAGAGUUAAAAAUGGACGUUUUGCAUUUCACUUAUACCCGCUGCAAGACAAAGAAAGCUGCCUCACACUUCAAAGACAAGAAGCGAGAUGAUAAGUUUCGCCCUAGUUUCUUCCGCCGGUAUUGCCGAGCCACCUGAGUUGGCUUCCCCUGCCCUUCAGGGAGGGGAAGGGAACACCGUUUUAGUUCUCCGAAUGGGUGAGGAGGUUAGCUCUCCCUCUUCCUUGAGGUCGGGGUGUAUAUGUUUGGUUUGCUAUUUUGUGCAGAUGGGGAGAAAGGAGAGAGCAACUUUAGAAACCUGUAACAGGGUGUGAUCUGGUGGGCUGGUGGUGGUGCUGUCAUGGGGAGAGGGUGGUUUGCAAAGUAGUUGGCUGGCAGGAGACGAAAAAUGGCCGACCCAAGCCUGCAAAGACUGAAACGCCUUGAACCAAUGCGGUUUAGCUAUUGUCUUCUUAGCAUUUGCUGCUGUUUGGUCAGAUCUAGUAGCAUUGGUCUAGCGGCGAUUGGGAUUUCUCGGAUGCUUUAGAUGUCCUUCUAGCUCUGGGUUGUUGUGUUUUGAGUUUUCUCAAUUACUACUUUUGCUCCAACUAGGGUUUUGUGCUAAAAGGUGACUGUUGCCUUGCUGUGCUGGUGGGAAGGGUCCUAAUGGGAGAUUCAACAAAGUUCCAAUUGUGUUUUGCAGGGGUUUGGUUGCUUAUGAGCCUUGAAAUUCCGGCAAUGCUGCUUGGUUCUCGUGUAAAUAUGGGCUUGGGUAGUUUUUUUUUCUUUUUAUUAUUGGUGGGUCUCGCUCUGAAUAUGGGUUUCUAUUGGAGCUGGAUUUAAACCUUGAUUAUAUCAAUUUCAUGUAAUUCUGUCCUAUGGGUCUUGAUAAUGCAAUUAUAUAUUUGCAUGUUUGAAGGAAAAAAAAAAAAAAAGCGUAUCAGUUGUUUCAAUUAUCCAUUGGAAAAAGAAAAAUAUCAUAUCAAGUGGAUUAUUAAAAAAAAAAAAAUCCAUUAUCUAAUGAAAAAAAAUUGGAGAAGUGGGACCGACCAGAGUGUUGACGUUUCGUGCGCUGGGUGGCAAGCAAGGCUUUGGUGUCCUUCCGUCUCCAUCUCCGAGCUGGACAGUGAUGGUGUGAUGCUAUAAAAAAAAACCGUUCCAACCGCCUAAAAUUGAUUUUGUUUUUUGCGAGAGUACAGGAGGCAAUCUCAACUAAAACAAUACACACAAGCAAUCUCCUAAUUCAAUUCAAUAUGUUGCAGCACCGGCCUCCGCCCCAGCGGCGUCGUCGAAGGUGCGUGGGCACCGCCGUGGGAACCAUAGUUCUCGAUCUCCACCCUGGCCACGGUGUCGGCCCCUUCUCUCUUGGAAUGCCAAUAUGUGAAGCGUUGGCCCAGAUUGAGGAGCAGCGUAACACUUACGACGUCGUUGACGUGAGGUUUUAUGAUGAGGUGUCUACGGCUUCUUUCUGUAACAAUACAAUCACUCAUUACUAUGCCUGUUACACGCAGGAACCACUUAGUUCUGACAUUAUAAUUGGCUUUCCGGUUCAUGGUUUUCGUCUUCGUUUUGAUCCUUGGUCCCAGAGACUACGGUUGAUUGAAAUUGUUGAUGUUAAACGGCUGCAAAUGCGCUAUGCCACCUUUCUUAUUGGGGGACCUUCGACUUUAGCUACUUUUGUAGACGUAUAUGCAAUUUUCGGGCCAACCUUUCCUGGUAUUUAUGACAAAGAUAGAGGAGUAUACACUCUGUUCUACCCAGGCCUAUCCUUUACUUUUCCAAUUCCUAGCCAGUAUACAGAUUGCUGCCCCAAUGGAGAAGCAGAACUGCCACUGGAGUUUCCAGAUGGUACUACACCAGUAACAUGCCGUGUGUUUAUAUAUGAUAGUUCUACAAACAAAAAAGGUGGUCUUGGAUCAUUAAUAGACAAUGCUUCUGCUCCUCCGCUACCUGCUACCAGCCUGUACAUGGAAGAGGUGCAUGUUAAGCUUGGUGAAGAGUUAUAUUUUUCCACGGGGGGGCAGCGUAUUCCCUUUGGUGCAUCUCAACAGGAUGUUUGGAGUGAAUUAGGUCAUCCUUGUGGAUUUCAUCAAAAGCAGGUAGACCAAAUGGCCAUUCACUCUGCUUCAGACCCUCGUACACGGAAAAUACUUUGUGAAGAUCACUUCUAUAAUUAUUUCACUCGUGGUUUGGACAUCUUAUUUGAUGGACGGACUCAUAAGGUCAAGAAGUUCAUUUUGCACUCAAACCACCCUGGUCAUGUGGAUUUCAAUUCAUAUAUAAAGUGCAAUUUUGUUAUACAAGUAAAUAACUCGAAACAUAUUACACCAAGCACAAAGUGGGACCAAGUUAAGGAAAUCCUUGGGGACUGUGGCCGAGCAGUUAUUCGAAAACAGGGUUCUCCAAGUAAUCCUUUUGGAUCCACGUUGGUUUAUGGUUAUCAGAACAUUGCCUUUGAGGUGAUGAAAAAUGGUUAUAUUGCAACUGCAACGCUCUUCCAGUCAUGAUUAUUUUCCUCUCUGGUGAAGAUUUGAAAAGAAAGGAUUUGGAAGAACUUUGCACAAGUUUUCUUUGAUUUGGUAGAUUCAUAAAUGGUGGUUGGAUGUUCCCAGAAAUGGAGAUCAGAUUCAUUAAUGUGGACGAGCAUUUGUUUGAAAAUGAAUUUGAAGUACUUACUAAAAUAGUAGAGUUGGAAUACACCCUCUAAAAUUUUGUUGAAGCAUAUUUUUAUGCUCCUGUACAAGUUCAAAUCUCUAUUUAUGCAAUUUUAAUUAAAACAUGAAAUCAAAUCCUUUUAACUCAAAAUUUCAACCCAAACACAACCUAAUCAAAUCGGAUACCAAAUUUGAGAUCUAAGGAUUUGAAUUUAGCUUUUAGUUCAAAUUGUAUGAAUUGGUUAUUAAACCCAGCCUAAAAGCCUUGGCCUGGCUGAGGGAUCGAGUCAUCAGUAACUGGUUCAACUAGCGGGUUAGUGGUUCAAUUGGUGUAUCAUUAACAAAAUUAAUUAAAUAGUACAUUUAUUAAUAUAAAUAAAUAAGUUUAAUUGACUGAUUUUUAAUUUUUUUAAUUAAAUUUUCAACAUUCGUUAGGUUGUGUGUGUAUAUCGGACCUUACCUCCUUUCAUAGGGUUACUUUGCCCUUUGGUUGUCGAUUUUGUUUGUAUUCCACGGACGAUGUCCUCUUUCCAUCGAUGGGCAAUCAGUUACCACCCUUGACCAGGUCCCAAGUGGCACAAGACGACUAGGGAGUAUGAUCCUAAUUUGAGGAAAGAUUGGGGGAUCCCCUAUGUGAUCUAUUGGCCUAACUAUCCGAUUAUCUAUUAGCCUUAUCCCAAUUCUUGUUCAUAACAGACCAAUUUUUAAUCUGGCUAAAAGCUUCUCCCCUUGGUCGGGAGAAAGCCUAGCACCCUUAUUCUUCUUCUUUCCCAUCCUUGCAACCUGCUUCACACACUCAAAUGAGUAGAGAUGACAGACCUGAUGGUUUCAUAAUUUUUGUUUUCUUAAGAUUUGAAAUGGAAAGGGGGUCUCUUCCAAUACAACAAAGACAAGCCUGCUUGCUAGCAAGCCAUCGGUGGAAGGUAUAUUGAUUGAUCUAAAAUAAGAAUAAGGAGUAUGAUAAGGUAAGGAAUAGGAACAACAAAAAAGUCUUCCUGUCCCUUAGCUCCAUCUUUUUUUCGCUUCCCUAUUUCAAUCACUGACUUUAUCUGGUUAUGUGGGAGUUGACUUCUUCUCUUCCACUGUGAUAGCCUUUAACAAUGAAAAGUUGGUGGGGAUUUGCAUCUCAUGAGAUCUUGGGUUCAAAUCUCUUUACUAGUUACUGGCACUCAAAAUUUUUUUUUUUUGUUAAAGACGAUGUGGCAGCUUUUAUUAAUCAUGUCAACCUGUUGGGUCACAUGGGUUGACAAAAAAUGGGUAGAAUGGUUUUUAGUGUUUCAAUUCCUCAUCCUGUUUAAUUAUAAACUCAGACCGGUUUGAUGCUUGAGUCAUUGGUUCGCCAAGUCAACUUGGAGGGCCAGUCUGGGUUUAAUAAUUCUUGUGUGAAUAAUGAUUUAAACUCAUAAAAAAGAAAAAUAUUCUUUCAACAAAUCUUCGAGGGUGAAUUUGAAAAUUAUAUUUCAAUCAUCUUUGUUGAAAAUCCUAACCUAUCCUAACGUAGCCGAAGUGGAACUAAAGUAAGGUCAAUUGUGAUCUGUUCCAAACUUUUGUUUGAGUUUGCUAUUUUUUGUUCAAGAUUAUUUCAUGUUUAGAAUCCAACUAGAUUACCAUGGGUAUUGUACCAUUUUGGACUUCUCUCCAUAAUUAUCACUAAAAUCUUGUUUUUUGCAAGUGUUUGUUCAACAUUCUGUCAUAUUCAUUUCAAUGAUGAUAUUGUUUGUUAGUUAUUGCUGAAUAACAAUGCUGAUUUGACGCCAAAUAAUUUGCUCAAACUUAAGUGUUGCACAAGGGUUGAUAAUUUUUGCCUCUGAUGGCAAUCCUCUGAUGGCAAUUUAGCUGUUUUUG